UAUUAUUAUUAUUAUUAUUAUUAUUAUUAUUAUUAUUAUAAUUAUUAUCAUUAUUAUUAUUUCACCUGCCAGUGAAAAUAGCAUUUCUAUUGUUUGUUUGUUACCUGUAUUUCUAGCUCUCCAAGAGCGGUUCCACCGUUUCUUUGAUUUGAACAAAGAUGGCAGAGCGACAAAGAAAGAAGUCACCAAUUACCUCAUGAAAUACGAUCCUACCGUUUCAAAAAGUUUGGUGGAAGAAUUCAUAGCAAGCAGAGAUCUAAAUAAAAAUGGUAUGAUUGAUUUUAUUCCGGAGUAUAUCCUGGCAGUGAGUCAACCUGAAAUUAAUUCUAUGAAGGCACGUGAAUGGUUUACACUAGAAGACGCCAACAAUGACAAUAUCAUCACAAAAGACGAUAUUGAGAAGAUCGGAUUGCGGAUGGGCAUGAGUGAUGAAGAAAUACGGGACAGUAUGAGUUAUUACGCCCUCGGCGAUGAAAACGGUGAUGGCAAGAUUACUUGGUCAGAAUACAAGAUUCUUCAAGGGCUAUAAUUUGCGAGAAAUAAAACCCCUAAAGAAUGGAGGUGGUGGAAAGAAACCCUAAAAGAAAAUAAAAGGAAGCCCUUUUGAAUGUCACAUAAAAAAAAAA